AAAGCUAUUUGUGUUGACAAACAACAACAUCAGUGUAGAGAUCAGUCAAUCAUAUGAUUUGAUCCAACAAUUUAUUUAUUAAGAAAAAAAACAAAUCGUUUUUUUUCUUCAAGAGGUUUUCUUGACCACCACAUAGUCCGAGUCCGACCAAUUGUCUGUCACCAAACCGGACAAUAUGGCCGACAAUUUUUCCGAUGAUAGCUCGUCGGGUGUUGACAGCAACAGCAGCGAUGCCGACGACAAUAGACGGCCGACGACGUCGCCGCCAAUGCAGCCGCCGAUUAGCAAUAAUAAGUUUGCUAACGACGGCUCGUUUCUCGAACUAUUCAAACAAAUGCAGUCAAAGAAACAACAACUGGACAGUCAAUUGGCCACCGACGAGAAGAAGAAGACAACUACCGAUAGUAUGAAUGACAACAAUCUGUCUAAAGAUAGUACAGCAGUAGUGGUGGACACGACUGUUGUCGACGACAGUAAACGAGAUGCUAAUGAAGACAACAAAACAAAUACCAGUAGUAGUAGUAGUAGUUUGACAACAACAACUACUGGUAUCACAAAGAGACGACCGAAGACACUUAAGACAGGACUUAUUAAGAAGCAAAAGACUGACCAAACCGAUGGCCAGGCGAGCGGUAAUGAACCGACAGAUGCCUGGAGUCGAUAUAUGAGAGAAGUUCGACAAUAUAAGGAUAAGUACGGCGACGACAACGACAAGAAUAGACCGCUUGUUAAAUAGCCGUCCGAUUGAUUGGUCUUUAAUUGGUCACUACUUCUUCUUCUUCUUUGUCGUUGUUGUUGUCUUUUACUUCUUCAUUCAUCUACGAAUUCAAUCAGCACUGAUGAUGUUAUCAUAACAUUAACUAAUAAUAACUUAUAUAUAAUUUAAAUUAAUA